AGGUUAUUGAAUUAUUGCCCUGAAUGAAAUGUGUGAUAUACCAGAACACGUCAGGAAGUGCUCCCUAGCAUCUAGAUUUCCAUCUACGUUAACGGCUACGUUUUGUAACAUUAACGUCAAUACAUUGGCAGAAUUGCUAGCCAGCUUGCCGUGUGGGACCCUGCAUUGUUAACAUUAGUCCUUGACCCCAGCAGUGACGUGAUGGACAGUGCGGAGGACACUGCCGCUGCGGACGCCCCGCCCCCCGUGCCCACCUCCAGCCUGUUUGCUGAGCUGGGAUUGGCUCCGGAGGACGUAGACGCUCUUGCUCAAAUCCCCGAGAACGAGAUCAGCAUCGAGACCCUCCCCUACCUCAUCAUGCAGCUCAAGGCUAAGAAGGCUAGCAUCCCAACACCCACAACAACCAAGUCUGAUACCGAUGCUCGACGUGCUGACGACAGUAACAACUCCACCUCCUCCUCUCGCCAUGACGACACCCACACGCCCAGCGGUGGACCUUCUUCUUCCUCCGCAACAUCCCGACCGUGGAAGUCGCCGUCAGGGACGCCCCGUAUUCAAAAAGACGAUGACGCCUAUCACAAGACCAGGAGGGAUUACAGUCGCUUCAUCAAGAGUCUAAGAGACAAGUGGUACCCCAAAAGCCUCCCCAAGAUGCCCUUUAAUUAUCAGGUGUCUGAUUUCCAUGGCAACGUACCUCACACCUUCCCCCACACCUGCGGCCUGUGCCACUGCAGGGUCAACUCCAAAACGACGUGGAAAGACCAUCUCCGUGGUGUCCGCCAUGAUUGCUCCAAGAAGGAGCUCUUAAGACUAUUUCCCAGCUGGGAUCCCUACCAGCAAGGAGCGUCAUCCCAAUCCCUCUAUCCAAAUGAUACAGACCGCAGACCUGGACGUUCCCUCAAACACCCGAGCCGUAACACAGGUGGAGCGCUCCCCAGCUCGGACAUGUCCAUCCCCAAGAGGGUGCUGUCAGGCCCACAGAAGCCUCUGCAGCGUCCUGUCUUUAGAACCAGAGUGGUGGUCACCAAGUUCCCUUUGGGUUCUGUAACAGUCAGAGACUUGCUAGAACUGGCAGAACCGUUUGGAACAGUUGUCAAGCACCUGGUGUUCCCCUCCAAGGGUUUUUUGGAGUUCAGCUCUCACACUGAGGCCCAUGCUAUGGUAUCACAUUUCUACGACAAGCUGGAUUUCACCAAGCAACACAAGAUCUACGUCUACCUCUCCCCAAACGUUGCCAGUAUACAGAUCCCUGGAGGCGGGGAUUCCAGAAGUCAAUCCAGGAGCUCGAAGACUGGCGCAGUUCUCUUCACCCGCCUGCCCGACAAGAAGGACACCGAAGAGAAGGUUCUAGAAGUCGUCAAGAUGUUUGGUGACGUGCGGCGCUCCAAGUUCAGUGGCUCAGAGGCCCAGGUUGAGAUGGUGGACCGGGAGGAUGCUCGCCUGAUGGUGAAGUACUACUACGACCGCCCGCUCAAGAUCCUGGGAACCAAGGUCAAGGUGACCAUGCUGCCGGACCCCAAGCACUCUUUGCGUGACAGUCCCGAGAGGAGCCACAGCGGGAGCCGGCACAAGAGCGAAGACCAGACCAAGCCGCCUUCAUCAUCCUCAUCCUCAAAGGACAAAAGUGGGGACGCCACAGACAGCUCGACACCAAGUGCUCCGGUAGAGCAGGUCAGCGACGAGACUCGAUUGGAGGAGAAGCCAGCAAAGGGCGGGCCUCGCGGAGAGGCCAGCCAACCAGACGCAGAGUGGGCGGACCUACGGGAGGAAGACCUGGACCCUGAGGAUGUGGAGGAGAUGGAGCUCGGCGAGGAAGAGGAGGAUUUGGACGAGGAAGACGGGAUUCCUGUGGAGGAUGAGCGCGGGCUGGUGGAGGAGGAAGGCUCUGAUGAGCCCACGGAGGUCACCGAGGGGUCAGAGGUCACGCAUGGCGAGGAGAGGGCGGAGCCAUCAGAAGGCCCAGCCCCUGAUGCUGCUGGGACAGCCCAACCUGAGCAGGCCUCAGGAGAUGAAGACAACCAGCAGGAGGACGCAGAGAUGUCGGACUUCCCUGAUAACCUGGAUGACUUUGUGACGUUAGAUGAGCUGGACUCGGGCACCGACAUGCUUGAAACUAACGACUUCCAGGGUGGCAAGGUUAUUCUGGUCCGACCUGUGAAGGGGUACGCGCCUGAAGAGGCACUGCGCAAGCUGGCGACGCCGUUUGGGAAGGUGAUCAACCACACCAUCUCACGCUACCGGCAGGAGGCCCUGCUGGAGCUGGAGACUGAGGAGCAGGUGAAGGAGAUGGUGGCGUUCUACAAGGGUUCUAAAGAUGGGGCCAUCAUCAACGGGAGGCCCGUCACUGUCAGCCUGUGCCGGACACUCAAGGAACUAGAGGGUCCCAGUGGCUGUUCCAUCUACAUCAGUAACCUGCCGAUGGGGAAGUUCUCAGACAUCGCGCUGCUGUGGAUGGCCAGGCCCUUUGGGUCCGUGAAGGCAUACCGCAUCAACAGAGGACCGCGCAGUUGCUACGUGCAGUUCCACCGGCCGGAGGCGGCCGAGAAGAUGCUGAAGAAGUACGGCACGCGGCCGCCCAAGUUCAAAGGUGCCAUCCUCACCGUGUGCCCCUGCCGCAAGCCCGACUCCACCAUCUCUUGGAUAACCCCAAGCAUACAGCUGGGGGCGGCAGAGGGGAAGGAGUUGGAGGAGAACGGAGGAGAGGAGAGAGAGAGGCGUGGCUCCAAGAGAAAGAGAGAGGAGUCCACAGAGCUGGAGGGGCGGUGUGGGGACCCGGCUCCCGUGGAGCCAGAAGAGGGGGAUGAGAAAGAGAAGAAGGAGAAAGAGAGUGAAGAAGCGGAGGAGUGUGUCGAUCAGCCCGGAACCCCAGUGGGUGUGGACUACAUAGUCCCGGCCAGUGGGUUCUUCUGUAAGCUGUGUAACGUGUUCUACACCAGAGAAUCCACCGCCAAGUCUCAACACUGCAGCAGCACCGAGCACCACAAGAACCUCAAGGCCCGAGAGAAGAGGAGACGGUCCAGCAGCGCCUCCAGUCCCAAGGCCAGCGAGCGGUCAAAGCCUGACCCCUGACCCCCGAACUCCGACCCCGCCACAUCCUCCUCCUGAUUGGCUACCGGAAAGAUCACACACGCACACAAAGGACUGGUCUCCAGAGAAACACACACACAAACACACACAAGCACACACAAACAUACACAAACACACACAGGACUUGUCUUCAGAGAAUCUCUCUCUCUCUCUCUCUCUCUCUCUCUCACACACACACACACACACACACACACACACACACACACACACACACACACACACACACACACACGCACACACACACACACACGCACACACACACACACACGCACACACAGAACUGGUCUGCAGAGAAUCUCUCUCACACACACACACACACACACAGGACUGGUCUCCACACACACACACACACACACACAAACGCUCACGCACAAAACACACACACAGAGGACAGUUUGGGCCUGAUGAACUGAUGCCCCACCUCAGAAAUACCAACAUGAACUAGAAAUCCCUCCUACCAUUUUGGGCUUAGCAAAAGCCUUGAGCCUGCCUGCCUGCGUGUGUGCGUGCGUGUGUGCGUGUGUGUGUGUGUGCGUGCGUGUGUGCGUGCGUGUGUGCGUGCGUGUCUAACCACAGUGUGUGUGUACUCUGCAUUUGGCUUUUGUUCUGUUAAAGAUCAAAUUUCUCAAAGUAUGAAUGUGUCAGUCGGCUUGUUCGGUCUGUGUUUUACAGAUUUGUGUAAGAUCUUGGGGAGCACCCCACACACACAUACACACACACACAGAGAUACACACUUAUUAUAUACAUUAUUUCAUUCAACUUUACAAGUCAAGUUUCAUGAGGAAUUACAAUUCCUAAAUAAUAAAGUAGAUCACUAGGUGUGGUGAGGUGUGACACAGACAGAGAGACACACACACACACAUUCACACACACACACACACACACACACACACACACACACACACACACACACACACACACACACACACACACACACACACACACACACACACAGACACAGACACAGACACAGACACACACAGACAGGUCAGGUGCAGAAGCACAAACAACAGAAGUUGUUUGUUUAUGUCUGCCUAUCAGCUUCUGAACAGCUCUACAGAUCAACACACACACAAACACACACAUGGUUUUGCUGCAGUUGUGAGUGUAGUUGAACCUUCCCUCCACCCCCACCAUUCCAUUGAGUAUGUAUGUGAAUGUCUUCAGUGUCAUAUGCUUGAACAUUCCAUACGUGUGUGCCUGCGUGUGUGUGUGUGUGUGUGUGUGUGUGUGUGUGUGUGUGUGUUUUUGUCUGUGUGUGUGUGUUGCUAGAAUAGCAGCUCAGUAUAAAACACUUUGUAUGUAUAAAACUGAGCAAAUGAGUUGAUUUACUUUAAAAGAAAAAGGAAAAAGAGAAAUUUGAGUUUAUUAAGGAAACUUCACGUUUUUGUUGUUGUUGUUGUUGUUUGUUUGUUUUGCCUUGUACAUAAAUACAGUAGAGGCCUUAUGCGCAGUUUUGAGAUGGCAGAAGAAAUGGCAGUGAACAUGAUGUGUUUUUUAACCAGACGCUUGGAAACAUGAUGUGUGUGUGUGUGUGUGUGUGUGUUUUUAAUCAGAUGCUAGGUAACCGAUGUUGGGAUAGGAAUAACGAUGUGUGUUUGUGUGUGUGUGUUUUUAAAUGGACACUAGCUCAGUCAGGAGGAUUAUUGUGUGUGUGUGUGUGUGUGUGUGUGUGUGUGUGACAUCAGCCAAGUGAUGUUGGUCAGAAUGAAUUGCUGCUCAUAACGAACCAGAGCGCUCAGACGGACCAUGACAACACCAAGACGAAACGGGACAACUGUGUGUGUGUGUGUCCCGUCUACAGAUGGACAUCCUCCUGGAAAACACACCCAAACACUCGUGUGGUCUGACCUCUGACCUCUGCGGUGGGACAACAGCAAACCCCGCCCCCUCAUUAGUCACGCCCCCUUUCCCGGGGCAUCAUCUGUACAGACGAGAUGGAAGUCUCUGGAACAUUUGUAGAGAACAGAUACACCGCAAAGGUCAAAGUUAGUUUGUUUUUAUUUGUUUGGUUAUUUUUGUUUUUGUUUUUGUUUCCUAAUUUUCAUUCCUGCCCACACCGUUAAAUUGUCUGCUGCUUCUGCUUCUUUGAGUUUGUCUGCAGUUCUUGUGUUCCUGGUUUCUCAACGCAGACUAUUAAAAGUACAGACAAAGCUA